AAAAGUAUUGCGCGAAAAGUAUUUGCAUAGGCACCUUUUUGAAUUUCGGUGUCUAUUUCCAGUCAUUCAAAGAAACAGAUAAUUCUAAACGAAUAUGUCUGCAUAUUCAGAAAAUUCUUCCCUAACUUUUACGAUUAAAUAGAACUGUCUAGCGUUUUUAGUUUACUAUAGUAGUAUUACAUUUUCUCUCAAAACCGACCGAUUUUACAAAAUCUCGAGUUUUUCGAAAACUGAGAGUGAUGAAGCCAUUUGGCUUUCAGAUUCGCUUUCAGAUUAUUUAGGACGAGGAACUCUAUAAGGAUUAAUCAGUGGAUAUUACAAAACAAAAUUCGUGUUGGACAGUAUUAUCUGUAAUCUGUUAUUAUUCUACCCUUUCGUAUUUUUCCUGCACGUGGGUUCCAAAAACCAUUAUACGGUACUGGACAGGUGAGGUCGCUGCGGGGCGACCAUCGAGCGAAUUAAAACUGACAAACAAACAAAAAGUACGGCAAGUGUCAAACGACUGAAAAAAUGAUUGAUCAGUCCGAUUACAUUGCACAAAAGUAUUGUCAAUAAGAAAUCUGAAUGUCUUCGAAUUCGAAAAAAUCCCCUCGCUUCGAGGAUGUAAGUUACACUGAUCGUUAUGCACCAUUUAUGUUAACCUGCACAGUUUUACAAAAUGCGUUUCACAUUUUUGCACAUCCUCGAUUAUUUCCUAUGAAAUUUAUGUUUCUUUAUGAAAUCUGUUUUAACUGAAAGCUGAUAUCAACCGAAGAUGAUACCUUGGGCUCUUCCAUAAGUCUUAGCAUAGGUGAAAAUUCGAUUAGAAUAAACGAAAAGCCUAAAGUGGAUAAAGAAGUCAAACCAAACGAGGAAAAUGAGAAGGACAAAUGGUGGUUGAAAAAGCCGCAGACCAGGCUUGAAAUGUCUAACGUUCCUAUGGAAAUAAAUACAAAACAAUCCCCAUCUCCGUCACCAGAUGUUAGCUCUUCGAUGAAAGAAUUUCUGGAAAAAGAGAAAAUGUGCAAAGCCAUGCAUAAGAAUGAAAUUGAAAUUAGAGACAAGGAUGAUACUCUGUGCGAUAUUUUGGCAUCUACCGCGUUCGACAAGUAUCCUUCUGAUUUUGAAAAUGCAACUGAUGAAGACAUAGGCAGUAUCUUAGAAGAAAUGAGUAAGAUUGCUGGAGCUCUUAGUCCAAAUUCAGCUCCGGAUCAUACAAAAUCUAGGAACUCUAUUAAAAAUUCAAUGGAAGAAGAGAAAUCUGUGGAAGAGUUGCUAGAGGAAGCUGAGGAACUUGUAAGAAAAAAUAGUAGUAGUUUAUCCAAGAGUGGAUCAAAAACUGACACUUUAGUACCUGAGAAUAUUCCUGAAGAUGUAGAAAGUUUUAACAGAGUUAGACAAUUAGAAGCUGAUAUCUUUCAAUUGAUCGAAGAGGAAGUACAUAAGGAAACAGAAAAAAUCAAAAAGAGUCCAAAAAACGAGAAAAAACGGGAUAGCAGUCCUGGAUUUGAAGUAUUAUAUGAAAACGUAAAUAGCCUGAAAGCCCCAAAAACAUUGGAACUUCAAAGGAGAAAAUUUGAAGAACAAAAGGUGGAAGUAUCGAGCAGUUCUGAUUUGGAUGAUCCAAUCGAUAGACAUUCUAAAUCGGAAGAAUUAAAGAGCACAAGAAAGAUGGAAUCAGACAAGGAUAAUUUGCAGAAGGAAAUAACUGAUGUAGAUAAGGAUUUUUUUGAGGAUCUAUUAAAGAGAUCCAAAGAACGAGCGGAUGGUGGCAUGUCGGGUAGCUCAAGCUUUGGACAAGAAGAUUUUUCACAUUUUUUGAAACUUUUGCAAGGACAGACUGAUAAAAAAGAACAGGAUCCAAAUGAAUCGAAUUCUGAAAACACCUUGUUCUCAAAACUAGUGGACGGAAGAACAUCUACUGUAGAAGACAAACCUGCGAACGAAAUGAGUUCUGAAUAUCCUGAGAAGGAAAUUUCUGAUAUAUUAGAAAAAGAACUACCGCAAGCGAAUAAUCCAAAAACGCCUAAUGAAAUUGUUGAAACGGAUUCUAGAGUAGAUGGAGAAAAAUUUAAACAGUCUCAAAGUUGUAGUACCAGUAGUAGCAAUAAAAAUAGAGUAGAUAAACAAGAGUUUAAGCAGUCUCAAGAUUUUUCUAGUAGGAAUAAAAAUGAGUUGAAAACACCUAGUGCAGUAAACGAUCAAGUAUCUCCAAAACAAAUAGGUGUAUCGAAUGAAAGCAAAAAAUUAGUUAACACGAAGGAAGAGCUGUAUACGAUUGGGCUUACGCCUAGAUUAGAAUUGUUUGCGGAUGCAAUUCCAAAGUUAUUGGCCGAGAAAACGGUAGAGAGCGAAACGCAAGAAAGUAAAGAAGUUCCAGAAAAUAUGAAAACAAAUGUGCGUAAAGCAACAUCCAGCUUCGAUAUUAAAGCGACACGUACAACGACAUCUCAACGUAAUUACGUAGAACGUAAGUACACUCACGCGGCUAGCGCGUCAGGUGUCAAACAGCAAAGAAAAGACAUAAGGUUUUCUAAGUCUAAGAGUUACGAUCAAAUUUGUAAACCGCCGUUUAGAACUUCUGUAGAAAACCUAAGAGCAACUAAACAUUCGGACACCGCAAAGAAACCUGCCAAUUCUCAAAUCAGACGUUCACCAACAUUGAAGCCAAAGUUGCAACUUACGGUCAAACCAAUUACAAAAAUUCCUCCUAGAACUAAGUUAUCUCCGAAGUCAAAAACGGAUCCUGUUAAGACUGGUUCGACUCCCAGUUUGUCUUCUAUGUAUAAAGGUUACAAAGCAAAGUCUCCGGAUAGUUAUUCGAGAACUAUGAUGGGUGGUGGUGAUACCAAACAGAAUCUAACAAGACAAAAUUGGGAAUUGUUGUGUCGCGAGGAAAGACAUAAGAAUGCUCUUCUUAAGCAGCAGUUAGAAUCUGAGACAAAAAUGUACAAGAGUCAAAUGAAUAAUAUGCAGAUAUCUUUUGAGGAAGAAUUGUUUGCAUUGAAGAAACAGAAUAUAAUUUUAAAGUCAAAAAUAGAUGAGUACUCCUUGAACGAUAGACGUCCAGAACCUCAGGUGAAAAAGGAUACAAAACUUCUACUUUUGGAGAAAGAGUUGGAGAAGCAGGAGAACUUGAUUCGUGCUUAUGAAAAAGAGAACAAAAAGUUGAUACAAGACGCAAAGCGUAUGCAAGAAGAAAUGAAGCAACUGCAGAAACAGAAGAGUACUGCAUUGGAGUCAAAUAAGAUGCAAGAAUUUGUAGAUAGAGUCAAAGAUCUCGAAGAGGAAGCUCUGAAGCUUAAUUUAGAAGUUUCACAGCUCCGAGAGAAGAAUGCUGAUUGGGCGCUGAAAAACGAAGACUUGUAUCAGCAGAAUGGUCUGUUGAACGAUGAAUUAGAGAUGUUCAAGGAUCAGCUUAGAACAAAGAAUGAUUUUAUUACUAAUCGAUUGCAAGCUAUGACUACAGCAGAACUAGAGUUGAAAAAACAGGUGGAGGAUUUGACUGUGAAAUUGAGUUCAAAGACUGAGCAAUUACGAGUAGUGAAGCAGGAGUUCGAUAAACUUCAGCAAAGUGUGCUUCCGUUGGAGAAGGAGUUACUGGAAUCGAGAGUCAAAGAAGGUAAUCUUCUUGAGAAGCUACAGGUAACUAAAAGUCACGUAGAACGUGAAAAGCAGUUGACGCAAAAGCUGAAAGAUCAAGUGAUCAUAGACAGCAAGAAGAUUACAGAUUUGAACAGACAAGUACGAGAAAUGGAAAGGAUACUCAAAAGAAAGAAUCCCGAUUCUGUGUCUGCUCUUAUAUUGACUGCAAAUUCGGAACAAGAAAAGAUUAGCACUGAGAAGUUGAAGCUGUUGGAAGAGCGAAUUUUAAGUCUAGAAAAUGAAAUUAAGGCAAAGGACGAUCUAGCACAGCAGAAGGUGGUCGAAUUUCAGAAGAAAUUUUCCGAUAUGAAAGAAAAAUACAUUACACAGAUAAUGGAGCUGGAGAGUAAAUUGUUGGAGGUCAAUGUCAAGGAACGCAAAGUAUAUAACGACAUGUUCACCCAAACAGCAUUGAAACCUGUUGAAAACAAGAGUGUAGAGACUGUCAGGAAAGAAGAAAGAGCUGGAUCGUUUGAAAAAGAAGACAAAAAGGAUCAAAAACUGUCAGCAAAAGCGAGUUUAAAAUCACAGAAUUCCAAGGAGGAUGCUCAUCUUUUGGCUACUAUAAGAGGAUUGAAAUUGGAAUUAACGAACAAAGAUAAAACUGUUUCAAAGAUAACCAAAGAGUUUCAGGAAUUACAGAAAACGAAUAGAAGAUUGCAGAAGGAGAGAGAGAAACUAUUGAACGAUAGAAGGACUAUCAAGACAAUGGACUUUGAGAAAACGAAUCGCGCUAUGGUGUCCUCAGAUUCCAAGUUACUUAGCUUGAGAUCUACAGAAGGGAACGAUCAAAAUUCAAACUUUUAUCACAAUGGUCACUCGGAUGCAAACACACAACGACUGUCCGCCUCUGUCCAAAAGCUUUACAAUCCUUUACAAUACACUGAAAAUGGAGACACCAAUCUUGUGAAGAGAUUAACCGACGAGAAUGAUAUCCUGAAAGAAGAACUAAGCAAGAUGAACACGGACUUCAUGGCUUUGAAAAACAAGCGGCUGCACGACUUAAAUCUCCUGCAGGAGGAGCACGAGCGUGAAAUGGCCACUUUGCUCAAGGAGUACAGCGUUAAAUUUGGAGACUCUAAAGUGGUAAAGUUACAGGGCCAGAUAAACACGCAAGUAGCUGUGAUAUCGCACUUGAAACAGCAAAUCGAGAAAUUGAGGGACUACAAGGAACAAGUGGUCGUCCUGAAGGUUGAACGAGAACACCUGGAGAAUAAAGUGAAAACGUUGAACGAGAAAGUCAAGUACUUGACAACGCCGAGCACAGAGCAGCUGCAAUUGCUCCAGGACAAGAUAACGAUUCUUCAGCAACGACAUGAAAGCCGGGAGAUGACUCUGCAGACUUUGGUGCGUGAUUUACUACGAAAUCGAACGCAGUGUAAAGACUGUUGUAAGAACGAGAAGGGUAAAAACAGAAAGUUAUGCUAUUUUCGACAGGAGCUGGAUCACAUUCUUGGAAUGCUCCAGGAGAUUGCUAACGUUCAUUAAAUACGUGAACCAUCGUAGACUAGGGUGCAUUAGUGGUGCUCACGAAAUAUCGAGAAAGAAAUGUCCACAGGGUGAAAUAGAGCGUCUCGAAUGGGACAUCUCUCGAGUCGUGAUCGGGCAUUGUGAUAAUUCGUAUGUUUGAAUGUUUGCGUAACGUAAGUUUUCGAUUAGAAGAUGUUGUUAGCACUUUACAUAAGCGUUAUUCGAGUGCAGGACCGCAAAGGUUGGUCGACGUUUUUUUUGUCGACUGAUUGUUUAGUCGCUCGAGGUCGCUUUUGCAAUACCUUUAGAUGUUAUCGCCAUACGGACACGGUGAACCAGUGAAAUCAUAUCGAUCCUGGGAAAACUCGCGUAUAACGAUCGACUGGGAUCACUGCCAAAGAUAUUAAAAAUAUAUGUAAUCGAACAAACGACGGAGUUACCGUUUUAUCGUAACUCGUCGUCGACAUUCCUUCUUGCCAGUGUGCGCGCGCGUGGCGCAUAUAGACUACGUCCAUAUUCGGUGUAACGAAACUGUAAUAGUCGAUUGUUAAAUGGACAUAGAAAUAUUUUGAUCUAUAUUUACCGAAAGCAAACUUUUUAUUUAUCUAACGACAUAGGAUUAAACAUCAAAUCGGACUGUUUCCGAAUCGGAACUAGUUUUAGCCACGUACUUAUCGUUAAGACGGAGGAUAGACCAUACGAAUCCAGUGGAAGCGCCAUGAAAACGAAAUAUAUCUUCCAAAGUCGCGUAGAACUUAGUUUUUUACAUGAGGCUUUUUCGGAUUACGCUGUGCGGAAGCGUUGUCUCGACUCAUUCAAUAAUCGUAUUUAUUUCCUAUUUAUAUUCGCUCAUUCUUCGCCAUCAACGAAUCGAUUUCUACUCUUGAGCAGGGCUGAGUUGAGAUCUUGUAGACUCACAAGUUACAAAUACCGUGAGGCCUCCGAUAGAUAUUUCCGAAUCGUACAAACAGAUUAAAGAAAAAUUGAAUUUAUUUUUAGCGUAUUAAAAACAAUUAAUAUUUGAGUACUUUCACGCCCUGGUUCUGUAUGGUUGAUACUAGCUGAAAAUGUUCGGAUGACAGCCGUAUCCUUUGGAUAAGAGAUUCUGCAAUAUCAGUGUGUCACUUAAUCUUAAAAGAAACUAACUGUGAUAUCGGCGAGGUUUUGGUUAGUAUCAACAAUUACAAUUUAGACAUUUGGUUUGCGGAAUUUUUUGAGAACAAAUUUUUCUACAACAUAGGUUUCAAUUUCCAUGGAACCGACUCUAUUUAAUCAUUUUUGUGCUAUUGUUAAUCUGUGUAUUAUAUUACGAAGAACUUCUUUUUUCAGCCGCGUUAGUAAUCAUUCCAUAUAAGUAAAUCCGUAAUUCUAUUUCAACAUUUCAAUAAGAAAUGAAGUUGUGCUCCUCUUCUUCUUUCUUCUUCGUUCGUAGAUGAAUAUUUAUGAUAAUAAUAUAUAGGACUAUAAGAGCUAUAGCGAUAAAUUAAAUGAAUUUUUCUUCUACAUUGUAAGAAAUAAAGAAGUUCAUUCGUUAUCUACCAGAAGGCAGAGAAGGGUAUAAAAUCAGAAUCUUAGUGUUUCAUGUGCCUGAAUUUAUUAGAUUGCCUUAAAUUAAUGUUUGGAGGUCCUCUGGUUGGAAGAGGAAUUUGGGCGGCAGCGCUUGAAGCCCAUUCCUUGAUUUAGUCCUGUUCUCGAGUCGUCCAGUUGUAUUGUAUACUCAUUACACACCUUAGAAACACUCAACUCAUUGUGUCACCUCUUAUCGAGCAGAGUGGAGACUCUAAGCACUCACAUUGAAUGAAGCACAUGCAUAUCGCACAAACCAACGUGUCCUGAAUGUAAACAACAUUAAAUGUCCUUGUCACAAGGACGAUCAUAAUUGUAGAACACUUGUUUGCUUUCAGGUUGUAUUUAGUUUUAUUGCAUCAUUGUAUUCACACAAACGCAGAGUGUAGUUAUCUGUUUGAGACUGGAUAUAAUUCAAAAUCAUCAUUCAUGUUUUAUAAUUACUUUUAAGCGAAGCCGUCGUAAUGUACAAACCACGAGAUUAUGACUUUAAUAAAUUAAUUUUCUUCUCUUUACCAUUCA